AUGUCCACUCCAACUCUAUUCUAUUUUGAUGGCCGCGCUCGUGGUGAGGUCUCCAGACUCCUCUUUGCCUACUCUGGUAACAAGUAUACCGAUUCUCGUAAUCCAUUCCCAUUGCAGGAUGAGUUGAUCGAGAAGUCAACUUUUGGAAAGCUUCCAUAUUAUGAGGAUGAGAAUGUCCACCUUGCUCAGUCUGUGGCCAUUGAGUUUUAUCUUGCCGAUCAUCUCGGUCUGACCGGCUCCAACACCAUAGAGAAGGCCCAGAUCCUCCAAUACACUUUGUUGCCAGGUGACCUGUAUGUACCAUACUUUGCCGCAUUCUUGGCCAACGACGAGCCUGCUUUGAAGACCUUUGCCAGUGAGACCUCACCCAAGGUAUUCAAGAAGUUGGAGGCUCUUCUCAUUAAGGCAGGUGGCUCAUAUCUUGUCAAUAACAAGUUCAGCUGGGCAGACAUUAGCAUCUUCAACUUGUUGGACUUCUUCCAUCAGCAACCAGGUAACCUUGUUGAGGUACUCCAGCCAUUCCCAACAUUGCUCGCCUACCACAAGAAGAUUGGAUCAAUUCCACAGAUUGCUGAGUACCUUAAGAACAGAGCCACAACGGUCUUCUAA